AUGUGCCUUGGAUUUUGAUUCCGAAACGGAGAAGGUAGCAAAGAUGUAUAACCUUGGACAGGAUCUACCAUGCAACGAUAUGGACGACAUCGAGGAUCUGAUAUCCGCCGACGACGUCAAGCCUCGAGAACGCUAUGAAAACAAAAAGAACGUUACAGUCCGCGCUAAGAAGCGCGUGCAGAUCCGGCCAGAAGCCGAGGAGGAGGAAGAGCUUCCAAAACCAAAGCCGACAAUCCACGAAAGCGUUAUACCUGGAACACAGAAGGUUUUCGUAAAAACAUGGGGCUGUGCCCACAACAAUUCUGACUCGGAGUAUAUGGCGGGGCAACUGGCCGCCUAUGGAUACAAACUAAGCGGCAAGGAGGAUGCGGAUCUUUGGCUUCUCAACAGCUGCACUGUGAAAAAUCCCUCAGAAGACACCUUCCGUAAUGAGAUUGAGUCAGGAAUGAAAAAUGGAAAGCAUGUCGUGGUUGCCGGCUGUGUUCCUCAAGGAGCUCCCAAGUCGGGUUACUUAAAUGGGCUUUCCGUAAUUGGUGUGCAGCAGAUCGAUCGUGUCGUGGAGGUUGUUGAGGAAACCCUUAAAGGGCACAGCGUUCGUUUGCUGCAAAACAAGAAGAAAGUUCACGGCCGCCGCGUAGCUGGAGCGCCACUAUCCCUGCCAAAGGUGCGCAAGAAUCCUCUGAUCGAGAUCAUUUCUAUUAACUCUGGCUGUCUGAAUCAAUGUACAUACUGCAAAACCAAGCACGCCCGUGGUGAUCUGGCCAGUUAUCCACCUGAGGAGGUGGUGGAGCGAGCGCGUCAAUCUUUUGCUGAGGGCUGUUGCGAAAUUUGGCUCACGUCGGAGGAUACGGGGGCCUACGGUCGGGACAUAGACAGCUCCCUGCCUGAACUACUCUGGAAACUGGUGGAGGUGAUCCCGGAGCACUGUAUGCUUCGUGUGGGCAUGACGAAUCCCCCAUACAUAUUGGAACACCUCGAAGAAGUCGCCAAGGUAUUGCAGCACCCCCGAGUGUACUCAUUUUUGCAUGUGCCUGUGCAGAGCGGCAGCGACUCGGUUCUGGGUGAAAUGAAGCGGGAAUACUGUCGCAAGGACUUUGAGCACGUAGUGGACUUCUUGAGGGAGCGAGUACCUGGAGUCACUAUAGCUACAGACAUAAUUUGUGGAUUUCCCACCGAAACCGAAGAAGAUUUCGAAGAAACAAUGACUCUGUGUGCGAAGUACCGAUUCCCGAGCCUAUUUAUAAACCAAUUCUUUCCUCGCCCAGGCACGCCGGCUGCCAAAAUGGAACGCAUACCGGCUAACCUGGUCAAGAAGCGCACUAAACGCCUUACCGAUCUCUUCUAUAGCUACGACGCAUACUCAGGUCGUGAAGGCCAGAUAUAUACGGUUCUGGUCACGGAAAUAUCCCAUGAUAAGCUGCACUAUGUGGGUCACAACAAGAGCUACGAACAGGUACUGCUCCCCAUGCGAGAGAAUCUCUUGGGCACACGCGUCCGUGUGCGCAUCACCAGCGCCAGCAAGUUCAGCAUGGUGGGCGAGAUUCUGGAUGAUGAGCAGGAUUGGACGAGAUGUGCCAAUAAGCAGGAAGAAAAAGAUGCGUCAAAGACAGAGGGUCUUGUGACCAGAAGAAACGACAACGUUCUCCAUCGCUUUAUGUUCAUCGCGUUGGUAGUUGGAAGUCUUGGCUUCCUGCUGCAGCUGCUCGUUCGGUUUUUUUAUCCUCUCAAAUAAAACAUCACUUGUUU